UCGCACGAAGCGCACACCGAGCGUUCAACGGUAUAUGCGAUUUGUCGGGCCGCGUUGGAUGUCGCGAGCUAGUGACGCGCGACACGCACGUGGUGUCCUGUCGAUCAAGGGGUGGGUGGCCGGCUUAGGAUAGCAGCGACGACGAGUGAGAGAUUGGGAGAGAGAGAUCGAGUCGACGAGGGAAAAUUGGGCAAUCCCGGAGGAUUCGCGAUGCUGACUGAUACUGUCGACGCGUCGUUAGUCUGGGCCAUCUCACCCCUCAAGAGGAAUUCGUUGUAGCGCGCCACUUGAUCGCGACGCCGCACGUGUCUCUACACGACGCCGCACUCGAAUAGCUUGGGAACUGCCGAAGAAAGUGACGUGGGUCCUGGAAGAGGACCCGGUGCGAGCAAGGAGGAGAGAAGCGUCGUCGUCGUCGAGUGAACAACGCACGUGCGGUGCCAGAACCGCCGGCUCCAGAAUGUCGUACGCCAAUCGAUUCCCGUCCUCCCAGCACACCCGUUAUCGCAGUAGCUGGGGACCGUCCUCGGUCUCCGUCUUCAAUCGCACCGACGUGCCGCGACCGUCACCGGAAGAGGAAGAAUUCGAGUUUUAUCACGAGCGACUGCACUCGGCGCAGAGCCGCCAGCUGAUACCGCUUCAAGAGGACUUGGCGGAUUGGAUCAACAAGACGUUAAAUAUAGAUCACAUAACGGGUGACAAUUUCUUCGACGUGCUCGAUAAUGGCGUGAUCGUUUGUAGACUGGCACGAGUUAUUCAGGAAAAGGCGAGAUCUGCGAUAGAAGCUGGACGAGCAAAAGGGACAGUGCCGGUGAUACGCGGCCGUUGCUGGGAAAAUGCUGCGCGUCGCAGUUUCUUCUCCCGCGACAACAUGGAAAACUUCAUACAGUUCUGCCGGCGGCUCGGUGUUCACGAGAAUCUCCUCUUCGAAAGCGACGAUCUUGUCUUGCAUGGCCAACCACGAAACGUGGUGCUAUGUCUACUUGAGGUCGCACGACUGGCGGCUAAAUAUUCUCUAGAGCCACCCGGACUUGUGCAACUUGAGAGGGAAAUCGCAGCGGAACAAGAGAGGGAUCUUCACUGUUUGUCUGACAGCGGUAUAUCUCACAGCAGCCUAAUGUCCUGGCAAUUCCAGUCGCCGUCGCCGACCGAAACGCCCAGACCGCCGCAGGAGAAGAUUAAACACAGCAGCUCGGCAUCGGAAGUUGCGGCGACGGCCGCUCGAUGGUUGGAUCCGGUGACUGGCGCUACGCACGAACCUGAAAUGCGACGAUCCGUUAGUGACAACGGCCCGACUGGAAGCGACGGCGUUCCGAGCGAUACCACCGAGGACGAUUGGUCCCGCGGAAGCGCCGAGGAUCCGGACGAAGUACCGUCUCCGUCGAGCUCGCCACCUCCAUCACCAGCGGAACCGCCGGAACACACUGGUCCGAUAACAGAACUCGAUCGCAAGGUGCGAAGAGCUACCGAGGCCAUUCAGAGACUCUGCCAGUGCCCGUCGGAAAAAUGCUCCAAGCUGAAGGUGCGCAAGGUCGGCGAAGGUCGCUAUCACAUUGCCGGACGUAACGUCUUCAUCAGACUUCUCAAGGGGAGACACAUGAUGGUGAGAGUGGGCGGCGGGUGGGACACCCUGGAGCAUUUCCUGGCGAGGCACGACCCCUGUCAGGUGAGGGUCCUCAACCGCGAGAGCAUGCUGCCACCCGCUCGCAGCACUAAGCACGACAGCUUCCUGCACAUUCGCGGCAAGUACCGCAGUUCACCGUCGGAGACGAGUCUCUCACGUCGGUCGCUGGCCUAAAGAGCACGUGCCUAAUUAAUUACGGCCUUCUGCGAAGGCUUCCCGUGUCGCGCGAAACACUCGCGCGGCGCGGCCGUUGUGAUGGCGCAAGUGCGAAUUGGCAUAUCAUCUGUCGCACCGCUGUUGCAAUCUCAUCACGUUCCAAAAAAAGAGCACACACCUCGAUUACGCCAAUUCGUUGAGUACUUUAGUCGCGGGCGAUCAGCAGCCGGUUUUUUUGUUGAACGUCGCAACGCGGUGACAUUAAGUUACCGCAAGGAUGAUGGGUAAUUCCGCGCGCGUUUCUCUCGCGCGCGCACGAUAUGUUGUACAUUCCUUCUUUUCAACUACCGAUUGGUGAGUUGACGAUUUUGAGGGAAUAAAUGCACCGGGUUAAGUUCGAAAAAGUUCGCGAUUCAUAUUCGUGCACAUUCCGAUCACUCGUAUAUGUAGUUGUGUUGUACUCAAUUUGCGCGAGUUCUCGUCACACCGAGAUCACCGGCACACGCACCCGCCCACGCCCAAGUUGUCAAGUGCAUAAAUGUUCGCUAUACGUAAUAAUAACGCGUAACAUGUCGGUUAUAUGGUAGAGACGCACACGGAUCACUAUUUUUACUACAUCGUGACAGAUGGUUGAUAUGAGGGAGCACGAAGUGUCGAAGUAUAUCCCCGCGUAAGAAAGCGGCGAUAAACGAAUGGCCAGGGUACCAUAUCUGAGAUUUGGACUCUGUGCUGUACGAGCCUUGGUUACUUAUUAUUGUCGGAUUGCGGCGGCACUUCCGUACAACGGCGGUACCUCCGAUCGACGGCGGUAUCUUCGAACUACGGCAAGUGCCUCUAAUCGACGGCGACUUCUCCGCAUGACGGCAUCUCCGCACGGCGGUACCUCCGAAGUCGGACGGUACUUCCUCUGGGAGAUUGAAACGAUAAGCUUUCUAUCUUAGAUUAUCACUUCAGGCAUUGAAUAACGUUACCGCGUCUACCCGGAGAUCCUUCGGCAACACUCACAAAGUGUGACGUGCACCCCGGUAGUGGUAAUGUUAAGAUCGCAAUGACCAAACGUUAUUUUCGAAACUAUAUAUCAUAUAUAACCAUUAUACUACUAUAAUAAUAAUGAUAAUAAUGGUAAUUUUUAACAUCCAUUUGAAAUCGAAUAAUAUCCAUUUAAGCUCAAACGCGCUCAUACGUGCAAUAAACAAGAUAAAAGUGCAAUUAAAAUCUCAGGUAGAAAAUCGUCCGUGUGAGAACAUGUCAUGCCUUAAAAAGAAUAUCAAUUAAUCUUUUUAUUAAUAAGAUUUUUUUUAUUAAUUAUCUUCGUAUCGAUGUAGAGAGAUAUCUUUAUUGAUUUCCCGUGAUCUGAUAAUCAUCUCGCGUAGUAUCAGUUUUACGAAGUCUUCGUAGCCGGAACUGGAUACGCAUAGCGCGAUUAAUAAUUGUUAUAAUAUUUUCAUUAAUAUUUUAAAAACAGAGCUUUUAAACACUCCGGUUUCUAACUUUGUUUUGGUCAUUGCUAUAUUCUACAAACCAAUAUAUUCUUACAGCGCACUAUUUUGCGACGAGCACGCGAUCAAGCACUUAUAUACUAAUCACGCGGGGUCGGCUUAUACAUGCAUAAAUGUUCUAGUUUUUUUUUUUUUAUAUAUAUAUAUAAUUACGUUCAAUAUGUACACAUAUAUCUUCGAUUUAAGAAUUGUUGUUAGGAAACAAUGUAUUAUUGAACACGCAAUAUUUUUUUAUUAACUUUUGUGUAUAUAUUCGUGAAAUUUAAGACAUUCGUGAAAUUUGGCAAUUGUUACGAAAAUCAUGUAACUAUUACCAACAAACUAACAUAUCUGUGUUUGUACACAAGAAUAUGUCUUACAAAUUUGAGUUAUUAUUAUAUACACGUAUGUGUUGUUAUUUUAUUCUGACUGUUAUCAAACUAACCAAUAUUUUAGCUGACCCUGAAAUUUAUCUCAUCGCACUUUUCGUAUUCGAUUAAUAUUCAAUGCAAAUUUAAUAAUAUUCGUAUUCGAUUAAUAUUUAAUCGGCUAACGUGUUAAGUGCUUCAAAAUAAUUGCCGCGAUACACACAUAUGAUAAUAUAAUAAUAAUAAUAAUAAUAAUAUACAAAAACACAUUUUGUACUUUUAUAUAAAUUCUAGAGUAAGAAAUGUAGGAGGAGUUUGGCGUAUAUUUGUCGAAGAGAGAUCCAUUAAACCAUUAAUAAUUAUUCCGCUUACAGAAGUGCAAGGGCAUAAUGAGCAAGGGAAUACCAAAGCAAAGAAACACGCGACGAGUAAUGUCGGCUCGUUGAAAGCUAAUUGAGUUGUCAUCCGUGAUCCGUUUUGUGUCGUUUGCGUCGAAGGAUUGUGAUUGUUUCGUAGAUCGAAUUCUUUUAUGUGUUAUAAACGAUCAGUUUAAAUGGCAUUCAAUUAUCAGUUUGCCGAGUAGAGUCAAUGCGAAAGCUAUGAAUAAUAAUUGCACUUUAAUUGCAAGAAACUUAGAGUUUUAGCAAGCUAUUAUUACUGGAUACAGGGCCUUGCGUUUAAAUAAACAAAUAUGAUUAUUUGCGAAGUUACUUGUACGCGCGUAAUUAUAAAAACCGCCCUGCCUAAUUAAACUAAUUUCGCCAUAUUACGUUAUUGUAAAUAUAUAUAUAUAUACAUAUGUAUAACGCGCAGUUUUUUUCUACACACAUAUCGACAAAUAAUUAAGUUAAUUGUACCUGCUUUAUACUGCGUUAAUGUUUAUUAGCGAAGUUUACGUAAUAUAAGAAAAAGCUACAUUUCCCAUAAGUAAUAAUUAUACGUUGUGUUUACAUAUAUAUUAUCGUCAUUUUAUUAAAAAUUACGUUCGAGCAUUUUCGAUAUAUAUGCUAACAUUACAAUCAUAUAUACAUAUAUAAAAUACUGUAUUUUGAUGAUAUUAAAAUGUUUUUAAUUUAGUUAGAUUAUUUACAUAAGAGAUGUCCAAUUGAUAAUAUGAUCGUGCAUUUUAGAAGAUCACUUUUGAAUACUGUUUUGUUGUAAUGAUCCAGGCCAAUGUAUCAGUAUUGUAAUCACAUUACAAUGUAUAUGUUUAGCCUCACUCGUAAUAAGAACUAAGAACUUUGUUUUAAGAUUUUGUUUAACACAAAAAAAAAAAAAUACAAAUUAUACUGUACACAGCAAUAUCUUACAACUUGAGUUCGAAACUAAUUAUGUCAAUUGUUAUACUUUGUUGAACAAUAAAAACAUCUGACAAUGA